CGAGUAUUCGUGAAACCGGCACCGAAGAAUCGGCGUCCCGUUCGAUCGCAGCACUCCGACAAAGUACGGUACGCGUAUCGCGUAACACCGCGACGAACGCCGUUGUUUAUAUUUCCGUAGGAAGAGAAGAGAAGAAUCACAAAGUUUACCGAACACGGUCCAUUAAUAUUUACCGAACGAAAUUGCUUUUAGGACUCGGAACACGCAAAAAAGCGUACGUCACAAAAGACACCGACGUCUCGCCAGGCGAGCGGCAGUUCCGCGUUCGAUCUUGAUCGGUGCCAUCGACGACAGAAACCUUGCUCUUCGACGCUUCUUCGACGAGAAUGAAGGGAAUCGUCGCUGUGUGUCUGCUGCUGUCGGUAGCCGAGGGUAGUAACUUUUGGAGACAAUGGAGGCCUCAACAUCCACAUCCACAUCAAUAUCCAGGACUUCCGCAUCAACAUCCAGGACCUCCGCAAUCGCAACCAUGUCAACCUUUCGAGCCCCCGGGCCAAAUAUGUCCGCCGGGACAGGUACACAGCUGUUCACCGCUACCGCAGUCGCAAUUUCCACCUGUUCGACCGCCAACAUCGUUCCCACUGCCUGGUGUUCAACCCGGCGAUCAGAAUACCGCGAAUUGGUAUCAACAAACCAGCAACAUGAACUCGAUCGACCUUAGCAAAGCUGAAUGGGUCUGCCAGAAUCCAAUAACGAAAGACACGAUGAUUAUUAUUAGCGCUAACACGCAACCGUCGGAAACUGGACAGGGACAGAAUCCGGGCGAAGGUCCAAAUAUUAAUGAGAACAAUAAUCACGGCAAUCCUAAUGAUGGAAAUCUCAAUAAUGAUAAACAUAAUCACAACGUGAACACAACUCCGCAAUCGGAUACAAACGAACCUUCUCGUUCACAUGGAGGAGAAGGUCUUAUUGACGUUAGGCUUGGACCUUGACGAGUUAACAUUAUCAGACACGUUACGAGAUUGUUGAAAGGAAUCAAGCAGAACAAUCUUCUGUUCUCAAUACUUUAUUACUAUAAAUCGUUUGUACUUUAGGUUUUGUAAUAGAGCAAUUUAACGUGCAGAUCAAUAAACUUAAAAAAUAUCAUUCUUCGCAUACUCUAAACAAUAA